AUGGUCGUGGAUCGGAUUUUCUCUGGUAUUCAGCCAACUGGGACGCCUCAUCUGGGUAACUACCUCGGAGCCAUUCAGAACUGGGUGAAUUUGCAGGAAGAGUGCGGCUCGGUGCUGUACAGCAUUAUGGACAUGCACUCGUUCACCAUGCCCAAGGAGCCAGCUGUCCUGCGCCAGAACAUCCUGGACACCACUGCUGCUGUCCUUGCCUGUGGUAUUGACCCAAAGAAGUGUUUCCUGUUCCGACAGUCGCUGGUUCCUGAGCAUGCAGAACUUGCCUGGAUUCUUGGGUGCUUAACUAACGUGCCACGUCUACUACGCUUGCCCCAGUGGAAGAUGAAGCGUGCCAGCCAGAAUAAUGAAGGAACUGUUGGUUUGUUGACUUACCCAGUGCUUCAAGCAGCAGAUAUUUUGCUGUACAAGUCGACACAUGUUCCCGUUGGAGAAGAUCAAGUCCUGCACCUGGAACUAGCUCAAGAUAUAGCACAACAUUUCAACAAGAAAUACGGAGAAUUCUUUCCUGUGCCCAAAGCCAUUUUAAGUACAACAAAGAAAAUAAAAUCUCUCAGAGAUCCAACAGUGAAGAUGUCCAAGUCAGACCCACAGAAACUAGCUACUGUUAACAUAGCAGAUAGCCCUGAUGAAAUAGUGCUGAAAUUCCGCAAAGCUGUGACUGACUUUACCUCCGAGGUGACCUACGACCCAGCUGGUCGCCCUGGUGUCUCAAAUCUGGUGUCCAUCCAUGCUGCAGUAACAGGGCUUAGCGUAGAAGAAGUGGUGCAUCAAUCUGCCGGUCUCGACACUGCUCGCUACAAAAUGGUGGUGGCAGAGUCAGUUAUUCAAAAAUUUGCACCUAUCAGGAAUGAAAUCAAGAAACUCCAGGCAGACAAAUCCCAUCUGAUAAAGGUUUUAGAGGAUGGAGCAGAGAAGGCUAAAGAACUGGCUGCCCCCAUCUACCAAGAAAUAAGACGACUGGUGGGAUUUCAGUAGAAACUACUGGAUAAUUGCAAGGACUUUUGUUUCCUGGGACAGACAUUUUAUUAUUUGUAUCUUCUUAAUCAUUUUUGUUUGAAACAAAACCUCUUUUUGCUGGAAAAACCAAGUAGAACAUUGCAGGUGUUUGCAUUAAAAAAAUGUGCAUGAAGCCAGAUAUUUCCAGUGGGACCAGCAUUGAGCUUGGCUGGAUAGUCAAAGAGGGAAGCAAUCAUAAUUCACAAAGAAACGCUGCAAAAGCAGAAUAUAAGAUUGGCCAAAUGAGGGUUUGGGUUUUUCUGUUGACCACUGCAAGAAGCUGAGAUGUGGGCAAGGUGAUCAGAACCUAUCAGAAAUAUUUGUAAUCUUUUGAAGAACAUCUUUAGCUGUGCGUGUGAUCUUGUUACAGAUGGACAGUACAUCCUGUUGGUGGUUAAUUCAGCUUUGGUAUGAUGGUUGAAGGUGUUCUUGGAUGACCAGAAUAAACGCACAAGCUUACAAAUCA